CGUGAUGCAAUUGAAGUGCUAACAUCUCGUCGUCGAGUCAGCCAUCACCAGCAAUACCAGCAGCAAAAGCAGUAUCAGUAUCAGUAGAAGCGGAAUCAGCAGCAACGGAAGCAGCAGCACCGUGAACAAAUAUUUAUUUUUUUUUUUUGGUUCAUCUGCCCGCUCACUCUUCCUCUCUCCAAGUGUGUGUCUCUGUGAACUGGCAGUGUGUGUGUAACAACAAAAAUACACUCCUUGCGGAUGCGGACCGAGCGCGGAUCGGCCGAGUGACAAAAAAAUAAAACCAACAGUGUGAAAAAAACCCCAAUAACCUUAACCCAAUCUGUGAAAGUGUCUCUCCAGCACACACACACAAGCACACACACACACACCUCAAUCGUACAGUAAAUAGAACGCUAAAGAAAUAAACACUUGCAAAAGGAUUAAAGCAAAAGUUUAGAAAAUUGUGAAACAUUUUCGAGAAAAGACACCCACAAAGUUGAACCGCUGAGCAACGCAGAAGAAGACCAAGAAGAAGACUCUCACAACGAGCAGAAGAAAACGGCGAAGAAAUCGAAAGCAAGAAUACGAUGGCAAUGCAGUCAGGAUCGAGCAGCAGUAUCAGCGGGAGGGCCGCUCGCAGCACACACACGAUCUCCAUGGGUCUGAUGAUGGUCUCGGCCAUGGCCGUGCUCCUGGUGGCGCUGCCCGGCGGCGCGGUGGAGGCCCGCAUGGCGUUCGAGAAGCUGACAGACUUUGACUUUCCGGGCAACACGUACUACAGCGUGAAGAACCUGUCGCUGUACGAGUGCCAGGGCUGGUGCCGCGAGGAGGCCGACUGCCAGGCGGCCGCAUUCAGCUUCGUUGUGAAUCCGCUGUCACCCUCGCAGGAGACGCACUGCCAGCUGCAGAACGACUCCUCGGCGGCCAACCCCUCGGCGGCGCCCCAGCGGUCGGCCAACAUGUACUACAUGGUGAAGCUGCAGCUGCGCAGCGAGAACGUGUGCCACAGGCCGUGGUCGUUCGAGCGGGUGCCCAACAAGGUGAUCCGCGGACUGGACAACGCCCUCAUCUACACCAGCACCAAGGAGGCCUGCCUGUCCGCCUGCCUCAACGAGAAGCGCUUCGUGUGCCGCUCCGUGGAGUACGACUACAACAACAUGAAGUGCGUGCUGAGCGACUCGGACCGACGCAGCUCCGGCCAGUUCGUCCAGCUGGUGGACGCCCAGGGCACCGAUUACUUCGAGAACCUCUGCCUGAAGCCGGCCCAGGCCUGCAAGAACACGCGCUCCUUCGCCAACGCCCAGCGCAUGGGUGUCUCCGAGGAGAAGGUGGCCCAGUACGUCGGCCUCCACUACUACACGGACAAGGAGUUGCAGGUGACCUCCGAGUCGGCCUGCCGGCUGGCCUGCGAGAUCGAGUCCGAGUUCCUGUGCCGCUCCUUCCUCUACCUGGGCCAGCCGCAGGGCGCCCAGUACAACUGCCGGCUGUACCACCUCGACCACAAGACCCUGCCCGACGGCCCCUCCACCUACCUCAACCACGAGCGCCCCCUCAUCGACCACGGCGAGCCCAUCGGCCAGUACUUUGAGAACCAGUGCGAGAAGUCCGCCUCCGGGCCCGGCUCUCCCCCAGGCACCCUCGACAAGAUCGACACGCUGCCCGUCAGCCUGGACACCAUCGAGGACCCCAAUCUCACCAACCUCACCCGCAACGAUGUCAACUGCGACAAGACUGGCACUUGCUACGAUGUUUCUGUGCACUGCAAGGACACGAGGAUCGCGGUCCAGGUGCGAACCAACAAGCCCUUCAACGGUCGCAUCUACGCUUUGGGACGCUCCGAGACCUGCAACAUCGAUGUGAUCAACUCGGACGCCUUCCGCCUGGAUCUGACCAUGAUCGGACAGGACUGCAACACUCAGAGCGUGACUGGCGUCUAUUCGAACACGGUGGUGCUGCAGCACCAUAGCGUGGUGAUGACCAAGGCGGACAAGAUCUACAAGGUGAAGUGCACAUACGACAUGAGCUCGAAGAACAUCACCUUCGGCAUGAUGCCGAUCCGCGACCCGGACAUGAUCCACAUCAACUCGUCGCCGGAGGCACCGCCACCAAGGAUCCGCAUCCUGGACACGCGCCAACGCGAGGUGGAGACAGUGCGCAUUGGAGACCGCCUCAACUUCCGCAUCGAGAUACCCGAAGACACUCCCUACGGCAUCUUCGCCCGCUCGUGUGUGGCCAUGGCCAAGGAUGCACGCACCAGCUUCAAGAUCAUCGACGACGACGGCUGCCCCACUGAUCCCACCAUCUUCCCAGGAUUCACAGCCGACGGCAAUGCCCUGCAAUCCACCUACGAGGCUUUUCGCUUCACCGAGAGCUACGGCGUCAUCUUCCAGUGCAACGUCAAGUACUGCCUCGGCCCCUGUGAGCCGGCCGUCUGUGAAUGGAACAUGGAGUCCUUCGAGUCGCUGGGCAGGAGGCGUCGUCGCUCGAUCGAUAACAAUGAUUCCAAGAACACCACCAUGAACAUCUCGCAGGAGAUUCUGGUCCUGGACUUUGGCGAUGAGAAACGCGAAUUCUUCAAGGCAGAUCCCAGCACAGACUUUGCCAAAGACAAGACUGUGACCAUCAUCGAGCCCUGCCCCACGAAGACGUCGGUGCUGGCGCUGGCUGUGACCUGUGCGCUGAUGAUCCUCCUCUACAUCUCCACCCUGUUCUGCUACUACAUGAAGAAGUGGAUGCAGCCCCACAAGAUCGUAGCAUAAGUCUAAGAGUCUUCAGACGCAGAACGAAAGAAAGCAAGGAAGGGAAACUAAAACUAAAACUAUAACUACAACAAAUGCAGAAAGAGUUAAAAGUAAAAACGAAAAUGAAAAUGAAAGAACGAAAAGAAAACAAAAACAAAAUACACAGUAAAAAUUGUCACUCACACAACACACUCGGACACUCGGUCUCUCCCUCUCACACACAACAGAACACAUACAUAUCACACCUCUAUAACUGUGCAAGUCUAGCUAUCGCUUUGUCUCUCUCUUGCCCAAGCUGUCUCUGCCCGCUCUUUUGCUGUAAGUGAAGCUUAAGAGCAGAACAGAGUUCACCAUUAGACACCACACUCGCACGCACACACACACACACACACCGCCCACCCACCACACACCGCUCACCACAUCACCCAAUGACAACCGUAUAAUUUUUUGUUUUUUUUUUUAAUUGAUAUACACAUUAAUAUACUUAAUAUACAAUUUAUUUAUUUAUAUUUAUUUAGACUUAGGGCGUGAGAUGUUUGCCUAUAGAAAAAAACUAAAACGAAAAGAAAAGAAAAGAAAAGAAGAGAAAAAUUUUCAUCACACAAAAAACUAAGAAUGAAACGAAAGCGAGGAAAAGCUAGAGAAGAAGGAGAAGCAAAGAGAACUUUGCUGUGCACAUUUCAAAUAUGCGAAUAGUAUGAAAAUAAAACAAAAAAAAAUUAAGAAAAAGCUGCGAGCGCGUACUUUCUAUAAAGUUACGAAAGGGCGAAUCCCAGAACAUCGCGAGGGCCCGCACGAGUGCGAGAGAGAGAAGCGAUGGGAUAGAGGCCAUUUUGUAACUUCUAUAGAGACUGCGGCCGCCGAAGCGCACAUUCGCACUCACUCACACACCUACAUAUUUCAGCACUCACAUUCAUAAACAACACACACACACACACCUUCACACCCAACACACGCACUCACAUUUAUUUAAUUUUAAAAGGUACGCAAUAAACAGCAAACAAAAGCAAUCAAGAAACGAAACUAAGAACGCCGGUCAAAGCAAAAGGAAAAUAAGAACAAGAAACGUAAUUUCAUUAGAAACAAAGUGAAAUUGUGCUUAAUUGUAUUGCAUUUAUUUAAUUUAAAUCUAUUUAUGAUAAUAAAGAACGAUAAUGACAA